ACGAUUUCUAUACAUAAUGAAAUUUGACAAACGAAUAAAGAAUUUUUAUUUUAAUUUCAAUAGCGCAAGAAUGAAACCACGAUACAUCUAAAUUACCGAUGUAUCAGCAGUAAAAACCAUCUAUAAAAAAGGCAAUAAUCGAAACUUUUGCACUUGCCAUCAGAUGGCCCGUAACUUUUUUAUUCUCAUCAAUCGAGUUCCAAUCUAUGUGCUCAAUGUACAUUCGGCGUGUGUAUCGUGGUCCGUGGCUCUGCCAGCGGUCCAAAUUCGACAAGACAUCUGUGCCACGUAAUUUUCCGCUCGACGAAAAUCGUCCACUGGGACAGCGCGCUGCGGAUCCCAGUCUGUGACAGUUUACUCUCCCGAUGUUAGUGCUCGUGGCCGGGGCUACCUGAACGCUUCUGCUCCUGUUGCUGUGUGUGCCUAGGGGAUAGACACCAUGGGAGGAUCUCAUAGCGUCGAGAUACCCGGUGGCGGCACGGAAGGUUAUCACGUACUCAGGGUGCAGGAUGGCUCGCCAGGGCAGAAGGCCGGCCUCGAGGCGUUUUUCGAUUUUAUUGUAUCUAUUGGAAACACAAGAUUGGAUCAGGAUAAUGAUACCUUGAAGGAACUGCUGAAGGCUGGAGUUGACAAGGAACUUUUGAUUACUGUGUACAGUAGUAAAACUCAGUCAGUGAGGCAGACUACUAUUAUGCCGAGCAUGACAUGGGGUGGCCAGGGGCUACUUGGAGUGAGCAUAAGGUUUUGCUCAUUUGAAGGUGCUAAUGAGAAUGUUUGGCAUGUCCUGGAAGUUCAUCCUUCUUCUCCAGCGGAAUUGGCUGGUCUAAGACCGUUUACAGAUUAUAUCAUUGGUGCAGAUUCAGUUCUUCAUGAGAGCGAAGACUUGUUUACACUGAUUGAAGCUCACGAAUCUCGUCCACUGAAGUUAUAUGUUUAUAACAUUGACGAUGAUUCUUGUAGAGAAGUCACUAUUACUCCUAAUAAUACAUGGGGUGGUGAAGGAAGUCUUGGAUGUGGAAUAGGAUAUGGUUAUCUUCAUAGAAUACCAAUCAGAAAUAUUGUGGACAACAAAACUCAUAAUGUGCUUCCUUUGACUAGUGUUCAAAGCACAACAGCUACAAAUGUUCAACAAUUUUCUACACCUCCAACUUACACAUUUCCUUCAAUGGAUCCAGCAAAAACCAAACAAAUUGCUCAACCAACACCUGUACCACAAAACAUAUCUGAACCCCAGACUAAUCCUUUAGUAACCGAUCCUAACAUCGUAAUAACAACAAGCACAGUAAAUACAUCUAUUCCAAUGUAUUCUUCUCAACAAUCGCCUAAUAUCUCAAUGCAAUCACCACAACAAUCACCAACAAGUAUUCCAAUGUACUCCCCACAACAACAGCAGCAGCCUCUUCAACAGCCAAUGGGUGUUUCACAAUAUUCAUUGCAACAACAACUGAACUAUCCUCCUACUAUUCAACCAGCUGAUUAUACAAGUACACCUAACAUUCCUGGUAUGCCAAUGAGUCCGCCGUUACCACCGAGUACAGUUCAAAGCGAAUUGUAUCCUAGUUAUAACUCGCGCUCUACGAGUAUAAAUCUGGGUCCGUCGCCAGCUUCACCAAUUUCACCGAACAUACCGAGUCCCAAUAUUCCGCAACCGCAAGUCGUGACGACUCCCAUCUCGCUACCUGGAAUGCCGCCUAUUACUGUCAGCGCCGCUGCACCUCAAAAUCCAUCAUUUUACGCGCCUGUAAUGCCGCAAAGUCAAAUUCCUGAGGCUAAUGUUGUGUCCUCGCCAACCCAAUAACAAACACCAAGAUGAAAUCCAAGAAAGGAAAAUGACAAGCCAAAAUGAUGAAGAUUGUUAUGUGCGUGAGAGAACAUUGUUGUUUCUUGACUGCUUUGAAAAUUUGUAUUUGUAGAGAUAAAGAAGGGAAAGAUAUCGUUGGGUUGGAGAUAUACUAUUAUAAUAAUCAAAAUCUCAGGCGCAGUGUAUUUGUUGCAGAAGAUCAGUAAUCGUGUGUAAAAACUACUGCGUUUUUAUUGUAAAUAUAGAAUUUAGUAACUUUGUCAAUGAUUUUUUUUUGUAUUAAAAAAUCUUUGAAAAUUCAAUCAGAGUUACAAAUAAUCAAUUUUCAAACUAUAAAGAUUUUAUAUUUAUUUAUAUCAUACACCUGAUAAAUCUUUUAUGAACCAAGAUCUUGAAUGGCGAUAAUAAAAUAUUAUGAUUGUUGGAUAGCUUUA